AUGCUAAAGGCAGAAGAGAACCAUACAGUGAAAUGCCCUUUAAUUGAUUUAGCAUUAUUUGGCCAUGUAAAAAGCACUGGAAAAGACUUGUUUGACCUCGUUUGCGGUACCUUCGGUCUAAGAGAGACAUGGUAUUUUGGCUUGCAGUCUUAUGUCCUUGUAAAUGAUGGAAGUGUUAAAUAUUUGAAUUGGUUGAAACCCGACAAACAUCCACUACCACUACCUUUCCAGUUUUGCUACUUUUUUCAUGCCAAAUUUUACCCUGAGGAUGUGGAGCAUGAGCUUAUUCAACCCAUAACAAAACAUUUAUUUUAUUUGGAAGUAAAGGACAAGAUCGAAAACCGUGGCCGUCUAAGUCAUCUCGGUGAUGCCAAGAAACUUGUUUUUAUUAUUGUAUAUGAUUUUACAUACUUGAGUCUAUUACUCGUUACGUCUUUUUUAAUAAGAAUUGCAAUUUACUCCAACAUUUAUACAGCCAUCGUUAGAGGCAGCUAUUCAACUCACGGUUCUUUCAGCGCAAAUUUCGGUGAGGGUGAAACGGAUGACGAGACUGAACAAUUGGUUCUUUCGAAAAGGCUUCUACGACUUCUUCCAAAGUACUUAUCGGUCAAUAUCCAAGUAAACACUGGGGUUGCUCAACGGCUUAAGGAGUGUUACAUGAGCAAUAAAGGAUUAGAUAGGUUCGUAUUAUUGCAUAUACUCGGUAUUGAUUUUGUGUGUUAUAUUUUGUUUAAAACAGUUUUAAUUGAAUUGUGGAUUAUCAAAAUAUCAAAACAAUAA